AUUCUAGAUUUUCAGAAUAUUUUGUUUCUUUUUUGUCCACUAAAGAUUGUUAGGGAAAUGUUAUAAAAACAACUAAGAAUUGCAUUUGAAGUAAUCUGCUUUUCAAUUUAGAAUGACAAUUCUUUAUUACGAACUUCACAAUCACAUGCAAUGUGUAUAACGAAUGAUUGGUAUAUAACAUAAAUAAUACAGUGUAUAACUGAGCACUAAUUCUGUGCUCUGUUCCAAAAUAACACAACAGAAAAAAAAAGGGUUCUGGAAGUGACGUCAUGCAACCUACCUUAAAAAAAAAAAAAAAAAAAAAAAAGCCUUUAAUAAAAAUUCGGUCAGUUUAUUGCGCAGGCGUAAAAAAUAAAUAAAUAAAUAAAUAUCAGUUUUUAAAGUUGAGCAAGAGUUGUCUUGUUUACGCAUGCGCCUGGGCACUGCGCCCUCCCUCUGUGCAGGAAAUCUGCAACGAGGGGUGACGUAACACGCAGGCUGUUGCAGAGAGCUGGAAGAAGGGAGAACAAGGGAGGGGGGAAUAGGAGAGAAAAGCGGAGGAACGAGCAGAUUCGAGAAGAAGAAAAAGAAGCAGCAGAUUGGAAUCUCAGGAAAAUGUGGAUUGACAGAGUUCCGGGAGUGUAAAUCUCUAGAGGGUGCCUUCAUCGCGGGAAUGGGACAUUCAGGCAGAUUGAAAAACACGGCGUGGACACACUGAGAGACAGGGAGCGAGAGUGGGAGAAGGAGAGGGAUUCGGAAACCUGUACAGGUUGCAUUUGCGGCUGUGAUCGCCAGGAAUUUUGGGGAAACUCCUUAAGAAAAGGAUCACAAAAGGAAAAACCCCAGGAAAGGGAAUGUUGUGAAGCGCAAAAAAGAAUCCGACACUGUUUUUUCCCCUAAGGAGGGUUUCUUGGAGAUCUUACUGCAUCUGUGACAGGAAAUUGUGAAGGAAGCCUGUUUCUGUUUAUUCAUUUAUGCAAUGAUCAAACUUUGACUGACCCCAAAUCUCUUGUGAAAUAAAAAAAAACAGAUCCUAGAAACAAAUCCAACUCCUGCUUUCAUUGCCGCCUUGUGUUUUGUCCUUUGCUUGUUGCGAAGAUUUGUCAGAGAAAGAGGAAGAACGAAUCUAUAAAGGGAAACAAUGAACAGUAUUGAGGGAGGGGAAAAUAUGGUGUUUUGCGAAUGGAUUAUGGAAUUUUGACUUUUUUUUUCAGCUUUAUUGUAUCCGAAGACGGAGGUGAAACAAAUAAUUUGAUUUUUGUGUGUGUGAUCCUUUCAAAUUUCAAGAAAGAAAAAAGAACACAGCAAAUCCUUUUUUUUUUGUGUGUGUGUGUGAUUUUUAGAAAACCAAAAAAACCAAAAAACACAAUAACAAGUUUUCAAUAUUCUUGAAGAUAUAUUCAGCAACAUUCUGGUAGAAAACAGAAGCUUUCAGAUUUUCACGUAUUCCUCAGAAACUGCUGGACUUUUAUUGGAAUCUGGUGGCAUUGAUGUUUAUCGCAAUCGGCCAAAAACAUGAACCACGUUUUUUUUUUUUAUUUGUUUUUUGGAAACAGCCUAUUGAAAGAAAUUUCUUGACUAACAGUAAACAGAAAGGGUGUCAUCAGAGUUUGGAGGAUAAAUAUUAUUUUGAGUUUGGUUAUGCCUUUUUAAAAAGUAGGAAACAGAACAACCAAACGAUUUCUAAUAGCAGUAGAAGUUGAGUUUGGGAUUUCUUGAGAGACAAAGGAAGAGAGAUUUAAAUAACCACCAUGUAUUCAGCUUCUCUGUAACAUCAACGUCAUUUAGAUCGCUUUUGGUACCUUUUGGAUUUCAUGUGGAAGCAAAAUACAAACAUUCGUCUUAAACCUUGUAUGGAGAAAACUUUAGUUGGCUGAUUUUAGACUCCUGGCCAAUACAAAUACCCACUUAGUGUCCAAAAAAAAGGAAAGAUUGUUCCAAUUUCACUUUAAACCUGGGUGGUUUUUGAGGAUACACAGUGAACAUAAAUUAAAAUUCAUUGCAGAUUUGUCUGGCUUUCAACCCUUAAAAAUAAAACUGUCCAAAUUCUCUUGCAAUAGCCAACUAGGACCGAAAACUUGGCUGCAAACUUAAAACGUCUGGUGCAGAUUCUUCGUCGUGUUCAAAUCUAAAACAGCCCAGUUUUGAAUACCCUGGAUACCCAAAACCAUUGGGAAUAUCUCAUUGUGUUGUCUGUAUUGAAUUCCUGCCUUUGUAAGCUUGUUGACACAGGCCCCGUGUUGCGGUAGGGCUGCCGCUGCUCCCCCUCCCCUUGCCCCUGGAUGUGCUGAGUGGGCACGGGGUUAGCUGAGCAAUGGGCAGUGUCCCGGGUGUCGGGGAAGGUCUAGGCUGUGUGCCCUGGCGCGUUCGGAAACUGAAAGCCGGCGUGGACGCCCCCCUAUCCCAGCAUGCAAUCUACCACGAGAAACAGAGGCGGGAGCUGUGCGCUCUGCACGCGCUCAAUAACGUCUUCCAAGACGCAACUGCCUUCAGCAGGGAGACACUGCAGGACAUUUUUCAGAGGCUGUCCCCCAGCACCAUGGUGACCCCUCACAAGAAGAGCAUGCUGGGAAACGGCAACUACGAUGUCAACGUGAUCAUGGCUGCCCUGCAGACUCGCGGCUACGAGGCGGUGUGGUGGGACAAGAGGAGGGACGUGAGCUGUAUUGCCCUGCCCAACGUGACCGGCUUCAUCCUGAACGUGCCCUCGAACCUGCGCUGGGGGCCCCUGCGCCUGCCCUUGAAGAGACAGCACUGGAUCUGUGUGAGGGAGGUGGGGGGCGUCUUCUACAACCUGGACUCCAAACUGAGCGGCCCGGGCCGGAUCGGGGACGAGGAGGACCUCCGGAAGUUCCUGCGACACCAGCUGAGAGGCAAGAACUGUGAGCUCCUAUUGGUCGUUCCGGAAGAGGUCGAAGUUCAACAGACGUGGCGGACGGACGCCUGCUGAGGGACUGUUUACAUGACCAGCCAAUCAGUGCAAGCCUGUUUACAUAACCAGCCAAUCGAAGCAAGCUGGGGGCGUCGACCUGUCUGGAUCCCAUCGCUUGUUUCGGAGCGAGACUUUGAACACUAAGGACUGGAUAGCCAGCCCUGCAACAGAGGCACCCUGCCGUCUCUCACACCCCAGACUCACUCUGACGAGUGGGUGCAUUUCUAUACCAUGCACACGUUGUUCUGAUUUUAAGAUCAAAGAAACAGGUAAAUUACAUUUUUACAGUAACGAAUUAUCAGCACUUUUUGAUGUUUUGAAACACUUCUCCCCUGGGGGUACACUGACAAAAUGCACUGGCCAGCUCUUAUCAAUAUUCUGUGUUUACAGCACGUUUUAUAUCUGUACAGCCGUUGAAUUGUAAGCGUCCCUUUAUCUCAGCUGUUGACACUACAUACAGGAUGUUACGCAGUGGCACCAAAAAUGAACCGAGUAGAUUCAGCAGGUUGUAAUAUCCAUAGUUGCGUGUCCUGCACGUUUGUGAACCGCGCACCGUAUGAGAAGUGUGUUCUACAAAAGCAUGUUCUGCUUUUGGCCUGGCACAGACUGCUUCUCUGGUUCCAGUUAGAGGGCCUGAAUGUUGGAUUUACCUCUGAUUAGUUUUAUAUAUUCUGUGUUACCUUAGCAUUGGAGCGCUUUAUUACAAGACAGAAAUCCUUGUGUUGCAGGGAUGGGAAUAAGACUCCUAUUCCACAGCAGAUUCACCCCCAUUCCAGGUUUUACUGCAAGCUUAAUUAGCCCUAUUAUGGAUAGAUAAGAAACUCAGGUGUGUCUUAUUGAACACAUAAUAAAACCAGGAAUGGACCAACUGCUAUGCAAUUGUCUUAUUCAGGGAUAGAAAUAAGACUCGUAUUGCAUAGCAUUUUCACCCAUUCCAGGCUUGAUCGGCCACAGCAUGUAGAUAAGGUGUGUCUUCUUGUAUACCUAGUAAAACCUGGAAUGGAUCAGACUGCCCUGCAAUGGGAGUCUUGUUCCCAUCCCUGCGUUUUUUCUCUCCUUUUUUUAAAAUGCGUCUUCCUGCAUUGUUCCGCUGCCUUUUUGUACAGACAGGGUUUGUUUUCGCUCUCGAUGCAAGAACUGUGUUAGAGAACCACACUCACAAUACAGAUGUGGGGGAAUCAAGUAUGGACUGAGCACGAACUCAGAAACAAAACCAGAAGAAUUACUUUUAAUUGAACAGAAAAUGGAAAUACAAGAGAGAGAGCAAAAGCAGUUGGCUGUCCUGAACCGUACAGAGUCCUGCCUAGGGUCAGUAGGAGAAACAUGUUGUGGGAGGUGGGUGGGAGAGAGACUAUUUUAAGACACCUAGAAUAUAUGAAAUAACACAGGUUAAAGAUAUUAUUGUUGUAUAUAAUAUGUGCCAUGUUGUGUUUUGGACGUGUAUUCUUGUGUGACAGUCUAUUCUGAGCCACUCUGUUUAUAUUUGUAUAAUAGUAAGGUUCAGUAGAGUGUGUGUGUGUGUGUGUGUGUGUGUCUGUGUGUAUCUCGUUUUGGUAACUGAAAAACAUUUGACCAAUAUUGAAGAAGAUGCAUUCAUUUAACAAUACAAUUUGCACAUGACUUGAACAAGGGGGGGGGGAAGCAUUUCUUUUUCAAAUCAUUGUUUCUUUAAGCAUAAUAUAGUGUAAAAUAAUUCAACAUUGCAUCAGUGUCAAAAGCCACAUGCAUUGCACUAAUUAAAGUAAUUGGCGUUUGAAAAAAAUCUACCAGGUUAUGUCCAGUGUAGAUUUUUAGGAGUGCUUUAGCAAUAAGUAGGAACUCUUCUUAAUGGGAACUAAUGUAUUUUGGGGUUUUGAUUGUACACAGUUGAAUUAAAACGUAGCACAGAGCUAUGGCCAAAGUUUUGCAUCACCCUUUAGAGUGAACUAAUUUUGCUUCAUAAAGUCAAAUGCAACCUGCUUUGUUACGUUAAAAUAUGGAAUUGCACAUCGCUUUGUAGUUUUUGCAUAUACUUCACGAAAAAGAGAAAACUGACAAGUUAAAUAUGACAUUUCGAAAUCGAACACGGAAUGCUACAGUCGUGGCUUCCGAUAGACUUUCGCAAUUGUGUACUCUUCAUUCGUUACAGGAGGUUAAGUGAAAGGUCAAAGUUCUGUUCGUGUCAUUUUUAAAUCCUGUAAUUCUAGGCGAUGCUAAACUUUUGGCCAUAGCUGUGUAUGGAACUCCAUUUUUGUAAACCUUCGUUAUCCAAGAGUGUGUUUUAAAGGAAAAUAAAUACAUUUAUAAAUAAAGAUA